AGCACCUGGUUUUCUAAUCAUGUUCUGCAUCUCAGUCCUCUUCGCGUUCCUCACCUAUCGCUCAGGUUCGUUUGGCCAGGCAGUGCUGAGGCAGCCAACAUCCGUGUCCGUGGCUCUGGAUGAAAAUGCUCAAAUCACGUGUUCAGCGGACAUACUUGCAAAAACGUAUGCGCAGUGGUACCAGCAGAAACCAGGCCAAGCCCCUAUACUCAUCAUAUAUGAUGACACCAAAAAGCCCACUGGGAUCUCAGACCGAUUCUCUGGCUCCAGCGCUGGCAACACGGCCACAUUAACCAUCGCUAGGGCCCAAGCACAGGAUGAAGCACAUUAUUACUGCCAAAGUUGGGAUGAGAACACAAGUCAGCUCACAGUGAUACAGACCAAGAGGGAAGCAAGACAAAAACCUCCUGCCAGUUCCUGGGCCCAGUAUGUGCUGACCCAGCCGUCAUCCGUGACUGUCGCUCCACAACAAAAUGCCCAAAUCACUUGUUCAGGGAACAGCAUUGGGGGCAAGAAUGUGCAGUGGUACCAGCAGAAACCCGGAAAGCCCCCCGUACUCAUUAUAUACUAUAGCAGCAGCAGGCCCUCAGGGAUUUCAGACCGAUUCUCUGGCACCAACUCCGGCAACAGAGCCACGCUCACUAUCGCCAGGGCCCAAGCACAGGACGAGGCUGAUUAUUACUGCCAGGUGUGGGACAGCAGCAGUGCUCAGCACACAGUGAUACAGGCAGAGGGGGAAGUGAGACAAAAACCUCCUGUAAGAAAAUACCUGGGCGGCGGCUUCAACUACAGCCCAGGCCUCAUGGCGGAAACAGGCUGCAGCCCGGGCAGCGGCUUCAACUGCAGCCCAGGCCUCAAGGCGGAAACAGACCUGUUUCCGCCUUGA